GACCGCGAGCCUUAUGGACGGCCUCGACAGGGACCUGUCGAUCGACCCCGACAGCGAGCACUGGCACACGCCAGGGCCAGCAGAACAGCUUCUCCGCGAGGCCUGGCGCGACACCCAGCACCAGGCCUGGCGGAAGUCAGGCCGGCGCGACGACGCCAGCCCAGGCCUGCCACACCAGGUCUCCAACGACCGCGUCGAGGCCACGGUGGACCUCGCCAGGGAAAAGCUGCGGAGGUCGCGGCGACACUUCGCAGGGGCCGUCGUCUCCCCGGAGCACGGGACCCUUGAGCACGUGAUGUGGAGGUGCCAUCUCCAGUUCGCGCCGUCCACCCGCCGGGCGGGCCCGGCGACGGACGCGCUGCAGGCCCGGCUCUUCUGGCCCACGGGGAUCGAGCAGAGGGCCGGCCUGGACCGGGCCAGUUGGAACUACGGCAUGAUGAUGGACCGCGUCAUCCUGCGCGCAAGGCACAACGGCGUCACCCCUGAAGAGGCGAUCGCCAGCUACCACACCACAUGGCCCCGGGCCCCAGGAUCCUCGCACAUCGAUCCGGCUCGGAACGACGGCACGAUGAUGGUCCAGGUCAUCAUGCGCACAAGGCACGACGGCGUCACCUCUGGUGAGGACCACGUCAUCCUGUGCACUAGGCACAACGGCGUCACCCCCGAGGAGGUGAGCGACAGCUACCACAAAACACUGCACAACGGCGUCACCCCAGAGGAGGUGAUCGACAGCCACGACACCACAUGGCACAGGGCCCCAG